UCUAUGUGAUGACAUUUCCACCAGACCCUCUCAGUCUUGAUGUAUCAAAAAAACCCGAAACCAACUUUUCCUUUUUGCCAGCUACAAGGUUGCAGCUGAGUUCCAACUCAUAAACCGAAUGUAAUACCAAUGGCUGAAAUAUUAAGGUUCAUAUUAAGAAGCUGCUCCUUACUGCUUGGGGAGUUGACAGUUAACCUGAUUUGGCAGUUGCAACCCCGCUCAGUUAUUUAACUCAGCUGCACGGAGAAUGUUCAUGAAGAUCGCUGGAUACGACAGAAGUCAAAUCAGAGGCAUAGAUCCUGUGAUAAAUCUUUAUGGCUGGAGGGAGUCUCUGCCAGAGGAACAUCCACAUCUCCCCCUACCAGUGCAGCCCCAAAUGAUCUUCGAAAUGCUGUCAAAAGACACAGGAGCAAGGGGAAAAGAAAGUCAGCAAGAGGAAAGAACCGGUAUCUCUCUAGGAAUCAAUGGCCUGCAGCACAGGAUCCCAGUAGAUUGGAAGAAACCACAGUCUACCAUUUCUGAUCCUUGCAUCCUUCUUCAAUGUGGAAAUACAGGUGGAUCCUUUAUUCCUGGAGAGCCUAUCGCUGUGGUGAUUAUGUUUGGUUCAGAUUCCUUCAUUCCCAGCAGCCCCAUCAACAGAAAGGCCAGGCUGUGGCCCACAAACGGGCAAUUGGGGCCGGAAAAGAGAUGGAACCUGAAAAAUUCAUCAACAUUGGUCCAUCACAAGAACCAAUGGAGUAACAUACGAGGUGAGAGAAAAGAAAAGAAAAGAAAGAAGACUUCGGCCCAACAGCCAGUGUUUGAUGAUGGGCAGCUCUUCGGUACAGGUGAACCUCUCAGAGGCACAGAGCGAGACAAUGUUGAGAAGAAACAGGAGAACAAUGGAGACAGUACAAAGAACUGCAAAAUGGAACUGACGCACCAGCCAUGUGGUGGCUGAUAACAGCUUGGAUCAAUAUUAACACAUGCAGAGGCUGGUGAAUAAUUCCCCACCUGCGGCAAAUAUAAUGAUCUCCCCGAAGUCAACAAGGCAACUGGUGAAAUGAAUAUUUCUGAAAUGCCAGAAAGAUCAAUCAAUAUAAUAAAAGAGGUGUGCGUUCUUGUUUUCUCUGAAGCCAUAGAAUCUGCUGUUUGAGUGACAUUCUACUGUUUGGGGACAAGGGCACUGUAUGGCAAUGCUUUGACAUUACCUUUGAGGAUCUGUGGCAGGACUAUGCCUUCCUUUAGGAAUUAAUGGACUCUACUGCAUAGCAGCUGGUCACCAAUUUGCCAGUCUUGGCAUUUCAUUCUCCCUUUUUUCCUCACAGGAGGAAGCUCCAUGAAAGCUAUUUCACUGUAAAAAAAAAGAUCAUCACAGAAUUGUGGGUUUUUAAAAUAAACGUUUAUUUAGGAAUAUAUAGAUGGGAGUUAAGUAGGCACAGCGGAGGCAGUGUUAGCUUUAAAACAGCAUAAGGCCCUCCAAACCAGUGACACCAUCUUUGCAAAACCCAUCCUUCAUGAGUUCUUGACAGCCAGCCCUGAAGCAUCAAUUAAUUUCCCUUUUUUCCAGCCCAACUUUCAGCAUUCACAUACUGCUAGACUAGUUGGUGUGGCUUCAAGUGCCCUCCACUAUGUGUUGGUCGACAGCAACCAAUUAAGGAAACAUCUAUUGUUUAUCAUCAACACACACACACGCACUAUAAAAUAAAUCAGGCAGAGGUUCAUCUCUUCAGUUUGCAUAAAAAGAUAGCAAAGCUCAAGCCGUAUACAGUAGCAGUUUUCAAACGCUUUAUUCAUGAAAGCCCAUGAGUAGAAUCUCACACACAUACACCGUGCUAUUUCCAGCUGCUAGAUCAGAAGUAAGCACACUCAAACCAUGUGUUGCUGUGCAUUUUAAUUCCUUAAUACAUUACAAAUUAAAAUGUAUGCAUUUGUACCAUAUUGUUCCUACUAUCUAUUCUUGGCAGCCUUCCCAAAAUAAAGCUGUCAUGUUCUGUAUGAGAUAGAUCUUCCAUUCUUUUCUGAGG